GAAAUUUGUUUUAUAUUUUGUAGCGCCAAACUGGUUCCUGCCUGGAGGAUUUGGUGAUCCCCUGAUACUAGACACGGAAGCCUGUUAAGCGAAAGCUUCUUCUAUUCCGUCCACAACCAUUUGAACCAUUUAGUUUGUUCGUCACGAAUUUAUCGGCUCCAAUGUCCGAAAAUCACUCUAAUCAACUCUCACGAUUAUUUUACCCUAUAAAUGAACGUGUUGGCUUGUCGAUUGGUGUUAUAUCUGGACACCAAAGCAAGCACAAACGGAAACAUUUAGUUUUUACAAGUAAUUAGUGCAGAUCAUUAACAAUAUGUUAGUUUCACUAACGAAGCCUACAAGCAUUCAGGUCUAUCUCGUCAAGAUUACGGAUAAAAAUGAAAUUAAGAAAGUGCAAGUAUGCAACGCGAAGAAUCUGAAAAAAAUUGACUGCAGAGAUACAAAAACUCAGCCUAGCUAUGAAUUACAAAUCAUUACAGAAAAUAAGAUAUGGGUAUUUAAUGCUUUGAAAUUAGAAGAAAAAAGACAUUUUGUCAGUUCAUUUUGUCGUACACUUGCAACACUACUACCACAUGUGAUCAAAGAUAUAGAAUUAGUCAAUUUCCCACAAGAUAUAAAUAUUUCUCCACUUAGCCAACAUGAAACAUUGGAUGCUUUGCUUAAUCCUGAAUAUAUGUCAACGGUUGGUACCGGUGGCGAUGAGGAUAGUGUUGGCGGUGAUGAAAAGUCAGGUGAUAAAGAUAAGUCGGAUGUCAAUGCACCGGUCACUGAUUCAUACCGUUCAUUGACAAAACGUGAAGAAGAUGAUAUACGACAAUUUCUAGAUGAACUUGAUGAAGAAUCAACACUCUUAAAUGCUGCUCAACUAACAGAACGUUUACAAGAACAGUUGGCUCACAUUGAAGGUACAAAUGUUCAUUCAAUUAUGUCUUCUGAAUCUCAAGUAUUAAGUCUUAUGACAACAUUGGACAGUGCUAUUGAACGAGCUGAAUUAUUAGAGAAGCAAUUAAAUAUUUAUUAUAGUUUUUUAGAGGAAGUUGAAGAUGCAAUGUCUACCCUACGUGAUCAUGAUCAAUUAAUCCAAACUACAGUAGAUAAUCGCGCAAAUUUAUUAAAUGUACUUGAAAAACUAGUUGAUCGGUUAGAUGUUGAUCCAAAGUACUUCCAUGUAUUAAUGAAAGGUGAUUUAAGUACAUCUGAUGGUAUUGCACGUUGUAUCGAAGCUGCUGGAUAUUUGGAUCGUUUGCUGAAUUCAGAAUUUAAAGAAGGUGAAGAACAUCUUCAAGCUGUAGAUGAACGUAUGCAAGAAUUGAGAAAUUUACGUGAUUCGUUUGCCACAAAAUUAUCAGGUUUUGUAAAUGAUGCAAUGUUACGUUAUGCCAGUCAAUUAGGAUUUGUUGUCAACACAGGGAUUAGUAUGCCGUCAUCAGAUACAAUGUCAACAAUAUCAAAUAAUCAAUCUGGUGUUGGCGGUGGUGGCGGAGGAAGUAGGAAAACAUCAAUGAUGAUUACAAGUUCUUUUCGUGUUGCAUCUGAUUUAUAUGCUGUUCAAAGAACUGACUUACUUCAACUAACUCCACUAGUUGGUAACUGGUUACAAGCUAAUAGAAAAGAUUUAUAUAUUGGAAUUAAAAGGAUGUAUAUUGAAAAAUCACAAAAUUUUUUUAAACGACAAAUACAAGAAGUAUUGAAGUGUACACAAGACUCCGUUGCUAAUCUUGUCCGACCUGGGAAAUCUAAAGAAAUUCAACGCUUAGAGAAUAUGCCAUCAGAUGUUGGAAGUGUUAUGUCAUUACAUAAUUUAGAUUCAAAUCUUUUAACUCAAGUUGAAUCGAUCUUUGAUAGUUGCUUCGAUAAAAUUCUAACCCUAAUUCGUACAGAACAAGCAUUUUUAAAUCAAUUCUUCGGUUUUCAUUUGAAUGCAUCACAAAUUGAAAAGUCACAUAAUACUGUUAUGUAUAAAAAUUAUAAAGGUGAUGAAUUAUCUACUUUAUUCGAUUGUAUGGUUCAUUUAUUCGAUAGUGUUGAACAAGAUGUUUUGAAUUUAAUCACUCAUUGUGAACAAUUACAAUCUAUAUUGAUUAUGCCAUUAUUAAUUACAAUUUCACGUAUCACAGAAAAUGAAAUUACAUUAACAUCAUCAUCAUCAUCAUUAUCAUCACCUUCACAACAAACCACAACAACCAAUUUGGAUAAUUCUAAUUCUAGCAAUGGGAUUGGCAAUACUAGUCAACUACGAUUAGAAUCACAAGAUUCUGAUAAAAUUCCAAUGACAUAUAUUGCAAAUUUUUUAUCACGACUUACUAUUGAAACAAAACGAGCUUUUAAUCGUCUUGUUGAGCGUCUAAUUAUUUCAUUUAAAACAAGCAAACCGUGUAAAAAAGUACGAUGUGGUGUACUAUCAAUGGUUCGCACUUAUAUUGAAUUCGCUGAAUGUUCAAUGACCGUAUUUUCUAAGAGUUCACGUUUAGUUGAUCUAGAACGUGCCCAUAGAGAAUUAGUACGAUGUUUAAUGACUGAAAUUGAUCGAGUUGCAUCAAGAAGUGUGAAAACACCCGGUGAAGUUGUCCAGUUAGAAAAUUAUCAUCGUCUUUGUGAUAUUCUUCGACGUUUAAAAAUGUCCAGCUUAGAUGAUUAUCGUCAAGAUGCUAAGAAUCGUUAUACUUUAGCUUUACAAGAAUAUACAAAAACAUGUAUGGGUCGUCCAUUGGAGAAAUUAGCAGUAAGUUCAUUUGACUUUCUUUUCUUUAUUUAUUAUUGUUUAUGAAGUACAUUAUCCUCUCCUCUUACAUAUGAGAUCAACCAAAGUAAAUGGAAUUUUUUUAUGGCCACCAUUUUGAUUUCUUGAAUCUCGCAUGUACUAUCGAGUCAAAUACUAUGAAACUACUAAUACCCCUGAAUAGCUGACUUUCAUGGAUAUGGUAAGAAUUCCAUUAAUACCUAUGUUUUUUUCCUUAUAUCAUCAUCGGUUGGAGAAGGAUUAGACUUUCGGCUUUCUUUGUAUUCUAGAUAGUGGGUGAUGUAUCUAUGUACAAUGUAUUUUGGUACACAGUACUGUUGAUCCGUGAAUUGACUUACUUCCUGUUGACACAAUAAAUAUCUAUUAAUGCUGUACAAAAUUCUCUCGAUAUUAUUCUGUGAACUUGCAUUACUCAAUUAAUCAUUAGUCAAGAUUUAGCUAUGAUUACUCAAUACUUGAAUGUGGAGCCAGGGAGGUUUGUUAACAAGUCAAUGAAUUUCGAUGAUUUUUGAAUAAAGGCUUACAGGCAGUUGCGAAUUCCGUGUUGUGUAUACUGUAAAAGAAGUUUUUUUUGGUGCAAACUGAAAAGGAAAAUAGAUUUUUAUUCAUGAAUUUGUCAAUUGACCAUAGGAUCCAAGAGAUUGUUUACUUAUAACCGGUCACACAUGACCGUUUUGUGAAUACUUUUUUAUUAUGUUUGCUCUGUAAAGUUUUAAAGCUUAUUAUCAGAAAUGUUAAUUUAUCGUACCAUCUGUGCAAAGCCAGGAUAGCCAAAUAUAAUCAAACCCAUAUAGUCUCCAAGAAUUCCUACAUCGAAGGGCUCAAGUUUUACAAACUUAGAGUGAAUCUGUUGUCACCGAUAUCGUUAUAAACCAGACAUCUUACAGCCACACUGACAUCAGUUUGUCAUUACGUAUAGAUUGAUUUCAUUCACCACACCAUCACAAAGACUAACACAACUAUUCAGACACUCGAAGCUUUCAAAUACAGGUCUUGAUAGAGUACAUUGCAUUAAGAAAGCGCCGAGAGGAAGUAUUUCAGUUAAUGUAAAUCAAUUCAGUCGUCAUCAUUAAUAACUGUGAUUGCCGUAGUAUCAAGCUGGCAGCUACAGUCGUGGUAUCUAGUAUUUCUAAAACGGGAGCACCAUCAGACUCAAGUAAACAAUUGCAAAUUAUAGCAAUCAUUGAUAAAUUCAGUUUGAUUUGAGUGUAAGUGCCUUUUUUGCAAUCGAUUUUAUCUAAAAGGCUGAUAUGCCAAUAAGAUCAUAGUUCAUCGCCAUUAAACUACACAAAUUAUUGGUAUGAGACACGUAUUAAUAUUUUUGAACUCGUCAUGUUGGAACAAAAAAUUAUCUUGUUUCAUCAUUAUUCAUGUGAGAUGGUCAAAUAUGUAGGUCACUUGUUCUUCUAUACACGCAAGAGUUGAUAUUUCUUGUUCGCUGAGUUAGGUGGUCUAGUCGUGAAAUUUUCGUUGUCUUUCUAAACAACAUUUUUUAGCACACAGUUCAAUAAGAAAUGAUUUAUUAGGAUUGUCAGCAUCGGUUUAUGUGGAGACUAUAGAAUUUCUGUAGCUUUUAAACUGUGAGCUGAUAUUAGACCAUUUCGGAAACCUAAAAGCACCAAGUACUGUUUCAUCCUAUCACAUGGCUCGUCAGCAAUGUGCAUCGACAACCCUUCAUCCGCGUAUCGAACUCCAAACUUUCAUUCUUUUUCGACAUGCAACCGUAUUUUAUGUGUAACUUCAAUCAUGUAUGCACAAUACUGAGAAAUCCCAUACUAGGAUGAAACCGCCGUCUAGCGCUUCUAAGUUUUCAAUACUCAUCUAAUUAAGAUCAGUUCAUGCUGUAUUCGAAUUUUUCAGCAGCUGAUCAACUUGUUCCGUUGACCCAAUAUUUGGUUUAUUGUUGACCAUAAUCAUUUGUUUUCUCUAUUCUAUAUUUCAACACUCCCAAUCGAACUCAUAUCCGUAGUUGUCUACAAUAGCUAAUAAGAUUCCAUGUCAGUAAAAUAAGCUUUUGCUCAUUUGUGGAGAGUCUAACAGCUUACUUCUCUUUCAAAUACUUCUUGAUCAUGUUGUUUAUGAAGAGAAUAUUAGAAACUUCACGACUUAUUGAUCCAGUACAAGGAACCCAACAUCUCCAUAAAUAUUCUUUAUCAGCACUAUUUCUAUCUAAGUAUUACUUUAUGUACUUAUUAUUCAUUGUUGUUUUGAUACAUUACAUUCAAUUUUUUCUAUACAUCAUUUUAAAGAGCUUUUUUGAAAAUGUUCAAAGUGCUUUGGAUGCUGGUGUACGAUCUGAAGUGGUUAGUUAUCAAUUUGCUUUUAGUAAACAGGAAUUACGUAAAGUUAUCAAAGAAUAUCCUGGAAAAGAGGUAAAACAUGGUCUGGAAAGUUUAUGUAAAAAAGUUGAAAAACAUUUAUCUGAUGAAGAAAAUUUAUUCCCUGUUGUAUGGAGAUCAAUACAAACAGAAUUUAUUACACAAUGUUUACGUUUUAGUAAUUUAAUUCAACAAUGUUAUCCAGAUUCAGGGAUACAACUUGAAUUCACUAUAACAGAUUUACAAAAUUAUUUUACUGAAAUUGCAUGUUCACGUUGAAAUGGAACUUUCUUUCUUUAUUUUUUUUCUUCAUUACCCUUCCCGUUUAUAGUUUGUAUAUUGACGUCUUAAUCACCUCACUGUUUACACAAACACACAUACACAAAACUACUGAUGGAUUAUUCAGUUUCUUUAGCGAACAAUGAAUGUUUUAAAAGAAGAGAAUCAAGUAACAUCCAACUAAUGAAAUUUACCUUGAUCGUAUAUAGAAAAAUACGCACAAUACACAUUCAAUUAUACAGAAAUUGUUAUUUUCUUACUCUCAGUUUUUCUUAUUUUUUUUCUUCUUCAUUUUAAUUGUUUGCUUUCAUAUGAAUGAUUCUAUUUUCAAUGAUUUUGUUUUGUGAUUUUCUCGUUUUUUUUUUUGUUUUGUUUUAAUCUACUCUCCGUUCUGUGUAAAAAGAUCAAUAAAUCUAUAGCACC